UGUACACAGUACGGCUCUGGCGUACUUCUGGGCAGUGUCUGGACUUGGUGCGAGUGUGCUCUGUGCAUUGCAUUGCAACGCCUUGCGAACACAUGGAACCUUGUGCGAUGCGAUGAUAUGCCGUGCUAGGCCACGCGAUGCAGUGCUAUGCGAUCCCAUGCUAUGGUUCCUGUCGGGCCCUCCCCCCCGGGGUGGCUGGUCGCGUGGGAAUGUCGGCGCGGAAUCUCAGAGACUUCAUAGAGCUGCGCGUGCCAGCCAUGCAAGCGCAGUUGGAAACCAGAGUGAGGGAGGGCGUUCUGAUGGAGCACUACACCAACAUCCACCGCCUACGCGCCCUCUUGCUGAGCCACCCGCUCGUCUCCACCGCCACGCCGCACAAGGUGGACAAGGCGCUCGACCCCAAGUGCUUCGACGAGGACGGUUGGGCCUAUAAAUAUCACCAGUCCCCUUGGGACUUGUCAGUGACGCUCGCAGCCUCUGGCGCGAAGUUCACCCUCGGAUGGACCACGAACCAUAUCAAGAAGCCGCUCGCGGCGAUGUGGUGGUUGAUGCGAGGGAAGGCCGCGACGGCGGAUAACCUCGCCCACGCGGAGGCGAUAUUCUUGGAUGUCGCCGAGGCGUCGCGCCCCAGCCUCCGGCGAGCUCUUCCUCUGCCGGCGUCGCGCCCCAGCCUCCGGCCCCUGCCUCCGGCGGCAAUUGCGGCGCCGCCGCCGGCCAGGCCCGCGCCUCCGGCGGCAACUGCGGCGCCGCCGACGGCCGGGCCCCAGCCUCUGGCGGGAGACGCGGCGCGGGCGCCGGCCCGCGCCAGCGAGCCCGCGCCGGAGAGGCCGCCGGCCCCCGGCGAGCCCGCGCCGCAGAGCCCGCCAGCCCCCAGCCAGCCCGCGCCGCAGAGCCCUCCGGCCCCGGACACCGCCUGUCCGGUGGAGCCUUUGGCGGGGGCGCCCGCCGCCGCGCCGGGGGCGUCCGCCGACGCCACCAGCGCGGCCUCCGCGCUGCUGCCAGCGGCGAGCGUCGAUGCCGGUGCUGCCGCCUGCGACAAGCCUGCGGACAGCGCCCCAGGCGGCGCCGAGCGCCGCGACCACCUCGAGGAUUUCCAGCUGGACGAGGCGAUGAGGAUGUCCGAGCAGGAAUCGGCUGAAGUCCGCGAUCUCGAUUACAGCCCAGAUCAGAAGUCGGACCCUCCGUCGGACGAGGAGGAGGAGGGCGUCGAGGCCGACCCAGCGGAGCCGCAGAGCAGGGUGCGUCGCCGCUCGAGGUCGCGAGCGGGGCCCGCGCGCCCGCGCGACCCAGCCUCUGGCGGGGCGGACGGCGAGAUCGACCUCACCAUGCACGUGUCCGCCAAGAGGCUGCAGCGGCUGACCGAGGACCAGAAGGAGCGGCUUCGCCAGAUUGUGCGCACCAGCGAUAGGCAGCUGCACUUCGGCGAUUACUGGCAGAGCAGGCCGCGGGCGGGGGGUCCUCCUCGGGGGCCAGCGGCGACGGCCAGGGCUCGCGAUCAGCAUCGGGCGCUGCUCCUCCAGCACCUGCGGGCGUACGCGGACCCGAUCCCAGACGCCGCAGAGUUCAUCGCGGGAAUCCCUUCCAAGAACGCCGGGCGCUGGGGCGUCAACGAGGAUGUCGUGAAGGCCAUCGCCAGCAGGAAGGUCCACUACAUGCAUUUGCUGACCCACCAGAUGGAGCACGACCGUCUGCUCUUCUGCGAGGAGUGGCCGGACCUCAGCCCAGCCUCUGGCGGGUGGUGGGUGCUCCAGGAAGAGGACUGGCUGCAGCUCAAGCAGGAAUGGGCGGCACCGACGGAGACACCCGUCGCCUCGAUUGAGGACUUCCCCGGCGUGCGCGACACGCGCGACUACGUCAAGCACAUUUUGACGCUGCACGAUGGCGAGGCCAGGCUUGUGCGCACAGAGUGGAAGCCCUUCCCAGCCUCUGGCGGGAGCAUCCUUCAACCUGCCUACUGGCAUUGCCAAUUCGCGCGCAGCUGGGCGACUUAUUCGUGGCUCUCCUCACGCAAAGGGCACUUGACCAACGAAGACUUGGAGUUGAUCAUGACACAGGACGGCGGCGAGACUGGCUUGAUGAGGUGGAACCCAGCCUCUGGCGGGAACUGGCAGAUCCGCACUGGCCAAUUCAUCGCGCUGGCCGAACUCUUCUGGUUCGGGAAAGACUGGUGCUCAUGCUACGAUAUCUACCGCGCUUACCUGAGCCUGCCUGUCUGGAUCCAGAAGCGCAAGCAUCCUGUCUCGCAGAAUGCGCCGGGAACCAUGAGGCGCAACGCGAAAGCGUUUCACUACCAGCACGCGGAGUCCACAGAGCGAGCUGAAAUGUUACAGGUCGCGUGGACUUCGAUGGAAGCGGACAUGAAGGGGCGCCAGGUUCUCGGAUACCGUGACGAGCACAAGGUUGAGUUAAUGCGCCGCGAUGAGAGGAGCAAGCUCGGGAACGCAGCCUCUGGCGCGACUUUUGCGUAUCAUCCAUUCAUGAACCCGGCAAGUCGCCGCACUGGUGGACAGGAGUUCGCGCUGUUGCUGCCUGAUGUGCGGGAUGGCAACCUCCGGGCAGCUUGCGAGGACCUCGCCAAGGUGUUCCACGUGAAACCCACGUUCAGGGACGCGGAGAGCGCCCUGAGGAAGCACGAGAUAAAGCUUUGGGCCGGGGCCCACGCCAAAUACAAUCGAAUCAGGUUCAUACGGUGGUUGUUCGAGGCGGAGGGCCUGGACGUGCCUGUCGACGAGGAAGAUUGGCCCCUGCUCGCUGGCAUGGGGUCCGGGGCCGAAGAGGGUUUGGACGACGCGGGAAUUGAUUCCUACGAAUCGGCUGAGGUGGCCCGCGCAGCCUUGGCCGCUGUACUCGCAGCCCCUGGCGCGACGUCUCCGCAAGAUGGCGUUGGUGCACCUCCCGAGUAUAUUUACGGACUCGACGACUUGGUUUGCUUCCUGUGCUUGUCCACAAACAAAGAAGCUGUUGCCCGCAAGGUGUUACCGCCGCCAGCGCUCCCGGUGUCCGUCGUUGAGGAUUUGGGGAUGGCUGCCCCCGUCGCAGCCUCUGGCGCGACAGCGUGCCCUGGCGAGACUCGUUGUUAUGCGAGAAUCACAACGAAAGCCACCGCGAAGCCAGCCAUCGUCUCCAUCUUGGCGUGGGUGUUCCAAGACAUUUUGCGAUGGGUGCGCGCGCCCGCCGCGGGGGCACUGUGUCAAUGUUGCCGAGCUUGGCGCGCUGGAGGCUUAUUUCUGGCUUGCGCGCUGUCUGAGAGGAGGCGGUGCGUCGCAGACUCUGUCGCGAGCAUCUUGUCCUUCGAUGCGAAACCCGCCCAGGCAUUGCUUCAAGCAGGGGCUUCGAGGAGUGAUAUUCUCCGCGCCUGGGCGCGCGCGUGGGACUUGCUCGACGGGCUCCCCCCGCGUGCCUGUUUGGGCUUCGACGAACGAUUGUUGUCCAUGGCACUAGUCCGCAUGGGCGUCAAGGAACACCUUCGGGGUGACGCGAAGGACGCGGUUGCCCAGAUGUUCUUGGACGCAGGCGGGGAGCAUUCGCUUGCGAGGGAAGCGUCGUUCGCAGAGGUGGAGAAAGGGCAGCUUGCAGAGAUCGAGUGCCAUGUGUUGAUGUUGGUGCCGCGGCACCGCGACGGCGCGACCGCGACCUCCGACUGGCGCCGCGAGUAUGGCACGCCGGAGUCGCGCCCGGCGAAGCAGGACGCCGCCGGCUGCCCGCCGCACGCGGGAGGAGCUCCACGCGCGGGCAGCUCCGGCGCCGCCCGCCGAGGGGGGCGGCGCCGCCUCGCCUGCGGCGCGGCGCUGCUGGCGCUGCUGCUCGGGGCGGGUCAGACGGGCGUGCUGCAGCAGGCGCGAGAUGCCGCCGACGUGCAGAGGCGAGCGACGAUCACCGAGCGCAUCUGGAUUGCGCACGGGAAGCGCCACUUUGCCGAGAGGCACUGGCUCAGCGGCGAGCUCUUCUCGGCGCUGCGCGCGGACCCGGCGAACCAGGCGUGCUGCGACGGCGGCGCCGGCGAGGCGGAGUGGGCGUCGGUAUCCCACGGCAUCUACCUCAGCAUCGCAGCAGCCGGCGUGCACAGGAGCAUGGGCGUCCGCACCAGCUUCGUGCAAUCGACCGCGAUGGACGCCUGGAAGCCGCUCCACCUCAGGAUGAUGGAGCUCGGCGGCAACAGGCGUUUCAGCGACUUCCUCCGCCAGCACGGCAUCCCAGACGGCACGCCGCUCCGCGAGAAGUACGCGACCCGCGCCGCCGCCUGGUACCGCAGGGCCCUGCGAGCGGAGGCCGAGGGCUCCGACGCGCCAGAGCCCCUGGCGGAGAACACGGGGCACCUGCCGGAGGAGUCGUGCGCGAGCAGCGCCGUCCUCGACAGGGUCUUCGCCGAGGCGAAGGCGGACAUCUCCCCGCGCAGCGUCGGCAGCAGCCGGAGCGCGCCCGACGUGGCCUCCCGGAGGCCAGUCCUGCGCACGCUGAGCAGCAGGUCGCUCCCGGAGCUCGCCAGCCCCGCCGGGGGCGGCAGCAGCGUGGGCAAGUUGGUUUGCAGCGGCCUGACCUACGCCAUGCGAUGAUCCCCAGGCUGUGUGUUGGCCCGGUGUGUGUUUAUCGCCCAGACCUCCAACGCAUCGAGGCAUGAUCGACCCACCGUUUCACGCUAGUCGUGCUCUUGGGCUUUAGGAACCCACGUGUUUUCACGCUGUUCCUGCUCUGUGGCGUUUGGAACGCACGUGGUUUCACGCUUGCCCCGCUUGGGGGCGUUAGGAACCCAGUUGGUUUCACGCCUAUCCCGCUCUGGGGCGUCAGGAGCCCACGCGUGUUGACGCGUAUCCCGCUCUCGGGCGUUGGAAACCCACGUGGUUUUUGACGCCUGUCCCGCCCUGGCGCGUUAGGACGGAACCCACGCGUGUUCACGCUUAUCCCGCCCUGGGGCGUUCGGAACCCAUGUGUUUCCACGCGUGUCCCGCUCCGGGGCGUUUGGACCAACACGUUUUCACGCUAGUCGUGCUCUGGAGCUUUGGAAGCCCACAUGUGUUCAUGCUUGCCAUGCUCUGUGGCGUUUGGAACGCACGUUGUGUCCUCUCGCGUGUCCUCUCCAAUCGACC